AUGAUUAAUCCUUAUAUAGAACUUGCCCGUCGGUAUAAAGAUAACAUAGACGAAGAUGCGUAUCGACUAAGUCGUAAUCACAAACAACUCGAAAAUCUCAGGUCUAAUCCUAAAAUCAAUAUUGAUGCUGUGCUUGCCGGGAAAGAGGCUGACGAUCGAUUAGGAUGCUGCAUUAUUUCACGUCCAGCUGAAAAUGUAAAAUCUCUUAUAUCCUCCAUUCAAUACAAGCUAAGAGAUUCUGUGCCGGAGUCUUCAGCACUAUGGCUUACUCCCAACGAGUACUUGCAUAUGUCAGUUUUGGAGAUUGAUAACACAUCUACCAAAAACAGCAUAAAGGAGAUCGUGAAUAUCCUUCUGUCACAUAUUGAUCAAUUAAUAACGGUUGCUAACGAUGGACCUGAACUCAGCAAUCCAUUGAUUUGCUUUGAUGCAAAUGCAAUUGCACUAACAUUUACUUCUGUUAAUAGGAGUCACAUUAAAUAUAGACAGAAACUAUUUGACUCUAUAACCUCGUGUGGUGUUGAUAUACGACCACGUUACCAUGCACCAUCCGCACAUAUCACAAUUAUUAGAUUUGUGGAAGACCUCUGUGAAGAUGAGUUGAUGGCUCUACUAGAUCGGAUACAAGUUAUUAACAAUUCCCUUGUCAAUACAAAAUGGAAGGUUUCCGAUUGUGAAUUUAAUUAUGGUUUGAUAUGGUAUGGUCAGCAGCUGCAGCAUAUUUAG